AUGCCACCCACUCUUUGUUUCAACUGCUCAUCGGCGCGGGCGGUGAUUAUCAGGCCCAAGAAUCGCCACAAGCUUUGCAAGUCGUGCUUCCUCCACAUCUUCGAAACAGAAAUCCACGAGACUAUUACACAGAGCUCGCUCUUUUACCGCGGCGAGCGUGUCGCCAUCGGCGCCAGCGGCGGUAAAGAUAGCACCGUGCUUGCAUCUGUCCUUAAGACCCUGAACGAGCGUUACAACUACGGGUUAGAUCUAGUCCUGCUAUCCAUCGACGAGGGGAUCAAGGGAUACCGGGACGACAGUUUGGAGACCGUCAAGCGGAAUGCAGUCCAGUAUGCGAUGCCCCUGGAGAUUGUGAGCUACGGAGAGCUAUACGGGUGGACGAUGGACCAGGUCGUGGCAGAAAUCGGCAAGAAAGGCAACUGCACCUACUGCGGGGUAUUUCGCCGACAGGCGCUGGAUCGCGGGGCUGCAAAGCUAGAGAUCAAACACGUCGUCACGGGCCACAACGCGGACGAUGUCGCUGAAACGGUCAUGAUGAAUCUCCUCCGCGGCGAUUUACCGCGGCUGGCGAGGGGAACCUGCAUUGUGACCGGGUCGUCGGCCAGUGAGAUCAAGCGGAGUAAACCGCUGAAGUACGCGUAUGAGAAGGAAAUUGUGCUGUACGCACACCACAAAAAGCUGGACUACUUCAGCACGGAGUGCAUAUACUCACCGGAAGCAUUUCGGGGCAGUGCGCGGACGCUGAUCAAAGACCUGGAAAGAAUCCGGCCAAGUGCCAUCCUUGACAUUGUUCGCAGUGGUGAAGAUAUGGCUGACCUCGUCCCGCCAGAGAUAAGCGGCUCUAGUCCUUGCUCCUCUAAGAAGGCCGCUUCGACGACCGCCGAAGACGGCUCCGAGAAUUAUUCCACGGGCGGGUGUGGAUCGCAAAACGGGCGGAGCGGCGGCAACGAGAUGGCCGAGAUGGAGAAACGACUGGCCGAAAACGAAUCAGCACAGUCUCUCGAGACAGAAAUCACGCUUCCAGCUCUUUCCAAGGCCAAGAAGCAGCAGCAGCUGGCCCGACCCAGCCAUCGCAACGGCAGCGGCAGCCAGAAGCCGAUCAAAGUGCAGAAAAUGGGCCAGUGCGAGCGAUGCGGAUACCUGUCGAGCCAGAAGAUCUGCAAGGCGUGCACCCUGCUGGACGGGCUGAACAAAAAUCGGCCGCGCACGUCGGUUGACGCGGUCGUUGUUGGGGUGGAGGAAGAGGAGGGUAGCUCGACGCUGAUGCGACAGAUGGAACGCAUCCAGAUUUCCGGCGGCUGA